AUGAGUGACAACAACAUGCUGGCCCCUCCAGCCUCCAGCCAGGGUCCUACCACUCCACGCAAGGCACCCCCUAAAUUCAAGCAGAGACAGACUCGACAAUUUAAGAGCAAGCCUCCUAAGAAAGGUGUAAAAGGGUUUGGAGAUGACAUCCCGGGCAUGGAGGGCCUUGGAACAGAUAUCACGGUCAUAUGUCCCUGGGAAGCCUUCAGCCAUCUGGAAUUACACGAGCUGGCUCAGUUUGGAAUCAUCUAAGUCAAGAAAGUAGCUGUCAACUGUCCCCAAUGUUUCCUGCACCUUGGAUUCUUCUGUGUGACCUUACUAAUCUGUGUGUCCACAGGCUUAGCUGUUCUAGAGUAUUAUCUUCUUAGAUUCUCCCACAGAUUAGGCAUUUCAAAUAUCAGUCACAUGUAAGGAUUAAGGAAAUGAACAUUUCUGUUGGUGUCAAACUUUCUGUUUUCAAAAUAGCUCAGCCCUUAAGAAAGGGCUAAACCAUCCUCUGGAAUGACUCUGGUUUACCUCAAGUUACCAGACAAUGUUCUAUAAAAUUUAACAUACUAACACCUGGCCCAAGCCAUAGGAAGCACAUCUGAGGCAAAGCCACAGAAAAUGUCUAUGGGAGGUUAGGGCUUAGAACUCAGCCUUCCUGACACAGUUUCCUA